UUGACAUAUACGCACGAGAAUGGAGCCUGCAGAGGAGAAAGCGCUUUUGUCGACAUUGGAAAGAUUUAAGUUUGAUAUUACGUUGAAGGAGGAGCAGAAAAAUGUUAUAUUUAAUAUUUUAAAGAAGAAAGAUGUUUUCGCUUUGCUGCCAACAGGAUUUGGGAAAUCCAUGACUUACAUUUUGGUACCCUUGAUUGCUGACGAGCUCAUGGGAGGUGCGCCAAGACACACAGCUUUAGUAAUAUCGCCUCUGAGAGCGCUGAUGAGGGACCAGGUUGAAUUUCUGGAGCAGCACAACGUGAGUGCAGUUGCGUUGAUGGAUGACACUAAAAACCAAGACAUCAUCGACAAGCAUUAUAGUGUCAUCUAUGCAUCACCAGAGGCAGCAAUACACCAGAGAUGGAGAAAGGUUUUGAGAGAUAACCUAAAGCCAAAAGUCUGUGUGCUAGUGUUUGAUGAGGCACAUUGUAUUUCAUCAUGGGGACUGGACUUCAGACCAGCGUAUAGACAGGUUUGCAGUUUACAAAGCAUAAUAAACACCAGCACCCUUGUUCUAACUGCAACAGCAACAAGAAAGAUCCAGGAGGACAUUUAUGAGACCCUCGGGUUUCAAACAGAAUCAACGAAAGUAAUUGCAGUCCUGCCAGAUAGGCCAAACAUUUUCUUAAAUGUUAAGAAUUCGUCGGAAAAGUAUGAGGAAGAACUGGCAUGGAUUGUGACGCACAUCAAGAGUAAGGAAAGCCAGAAGAAAAUUCUUCUCUACGUCAGGUCCAUCAAUAUUUGCUACAACAUUUAUUUGUGGUUGAUAUCUUCCAUUGAGGACAGAUUUUUUGUGCACAGUUCUCCAUCACUAGAAAAUAGAAGAGUUGAGAUGUUUCAUGCCAACACCGACCCAAUGAGCAAAGAGAGAAUUUUAAAUGAAUUUACGAAGCCAACUGGAAAUGUGCAGGUCCUGAUUUCAACAGUGGCAUUUGGUAUGGGCAUAAACAUUCCUGAUGUAGACAUUGUUGUGCAUUGGGGACUCCCUACUUCCUGUCUAAGUUACUGGCAGGAAGUUGGGCGUUGUGCAAGGGACGGGAGGGCUGGACAAGCUGUAUGUUAUGGUUUCAAGAGAAGUGUUUCCAAAUGCGAAGAGGAAAUGAAAGACCUAAUGAAACUUGAACUGUGUGUACGUGUGUCAGUGCUUAAGAAUUUCAAUCUGCUUGGAAUGCAGUCAAGGGAUUUAGAAAUUCUAAAGCAGAGCAUCAAUUGCCAGGGUGAUUGUGACAGAAUCUGCUCAUGCAAAAAAUGCAAAUGUUGCACUGUGUGUAGUACCCACUGCAGCUGCCCCCAACGCACCAAGGACCAUCUACAGUCAUUCCUGAUGUAGUAUCAUGUAUCAUAAUGAAUGUAUGUAAAUGAAGUGUCUCUGGCCACCUAGACAGGGAAUUAAAACUCGUUAUUGAAGUUCGUACUGUAAUUAUGCUGCAAUUGUUCAUAUUCAAAGAUAGUUCUUGGUUAAACUUGUUAUUACUGUUUUAACUUUCUCUGUAAAAUACUGCUAUUUAAGAUUAAGCUAUUGAAUGAAAUUGCAUAAAUUUUUAUAUUUUUCAUUUGAAUGACAUAUCUUGAAAUUUAAUGCAAGACCUGGCAUGUACAUUUUAACUGCAAGCAAAUUAUUUCCCAAACUGUAUGUCAGUAUAAUAUUAAAAUCUGUUCUAUAAUCUGGC